AUGUUCACUCACUCCCAUGCUAUAAGAUCAGGCCUAAGUGGGCGAUUACGACAAACACACCAAGAACAUAUCAAUAAUAAUCACAAUGCGCAAUACAUCAUAUCUGCAGAAUUCGAUAAUAAGAUCGGGCCUGUCUUGAAGCAUCAAUACCCCAAUGCCAUACCCGGCUUCAAAAUAAGAAGUAGGCUCAAGAACUCUGCUGUCAACCUGGCUAGCUUAAUGAUCCCCAAUAGCGCAGAAAACUUUCCCGACCGUACGGACUUCACAAUUUUCAUUCUUUACAAGAAUAAGUACACCAGAAACUACCAGGUCUUCCCAAUCAUCGAUUCGUUGGCUCCGAACACAGAUCGUCAAGAUCUCGGUGUUCUCAAGGAGGAAGAUAACUCUUCAAUAACAAGAAUGUUGGGCGCCGCGAAACAUCUCAAUAACGCCAAAGACCCCCCGCUCUUCUUUAUUAGUGUCGUCAAUACGAUUAGUGAUCACACCAACCCCAGAGGAGCCGUCAUAAAAGCAAUUGCGUUGGGAACCGACCUCCGAAAUUUUCUAAUCUUCAAGCCGCUCCUGGCGAUGACGUUAGACGCGUAUAUGCAAUCAAACGACGACAUUCAGCUCUUAAUCGACUGUUUUGAUUUGAUCAAUAGUCUGGAUUUGUCGCUUGCAAAAAGAAUAAUGUCAAAUACAUCCCUUCAGACGCUGCUGAGUUCGAUAACCGACGAGAGAGUUUUAACAGAUAUUUUCGCGCCUCAGAAUCAAAACCUCGCUCGUCUGCUACACCUCAAUAACCUGCCGCAAGCUGAUUCCUUUGGAAAUUCCAUAAAGUUCAAGCGGCAUUUGAUGGAGUACCACUUCGACAAAUUUAGGCCCAAAAAACUGCCCCCGGCUCUGACCAGGAUCGCCUUGCAAAUAAAUGUGGUAAAUUAUGACCCAGUGCUAGUAAACAUCAACUACAACGAUCACGUCCUGAAGUUUCUUUUCAAAUUUUUGAGCGAGUUGGAAAAGUUACUUCGACCACAGUUUGCAUGGAAGCUUGUAGUGAACUCUACGAAGCUCUCAAAAGAUGUUCUCACACAGUUCAUCAUGUCCCUUUCGAAUUUCAUAAGGCAUUUUGACUCUCACUAUUUCGCUAACGCCCAAGUCAUAAUCUUUCCUUAUAUGGAUAUUUCCUUUGUCGAUGCCCUGAAGGAACAGCUUAAGUCUUGCAGAAUGACUCGAACAUUUAGCAUAGUUGGAGUGAGCAACCCUAUUUUCGAGGUGCAAAAGGAUAUCUGGGAUUUUUAUUAUGAUUUGGAUACGGAAGAACUAGUCACACAUGGCCUAGAAUCGUCUGCUCUAAGCAUGCAUUCAGAUAAUUCCCAGGAGAAUAUUAAAGGCUCGAAAAUAAAAAGCAUAUUUCAAAAACGCACGUCCUCCGCUGUUUUGUUACAGCGACCAAGCUCGAGAUGCAGCCUAACAUCAAAGAUGAUUCAAUACCUGAUCGCUGAGCGUCACGAUAAUGAAACAAUUCUCAAUGUCUUCAAACGAAUAAAUGUUUUGCAGAUAUUGAAUCUAAUAACAAACCUUAACAGACGACCGCAGUCCGAUUCUGAGUUGACCUUGAAAGACGAGUAUGUCGUAUCAUACAGAGAUUUCAUCAUCUUUCCCGAGUUUUUCGAAUACAGCUCUCUGAAACUGGUUCAAUGCUUAAAAAGACUGCAAGAAGAUUUGAAUUAUACUAUUUUCGAUGGCAAAAACCCUUUCGAGAGUCAUGACUUGAACCCAUUCGAGAGAAUACUCGCGUCACUGAAAUUUAUUUACAAAUUUAUCACGUCGAACUCUGCCAAUGUGGAAAAGCUCAUCAAUAUUGGCCUCAGCUUUCCCUUGAUGUUGGUUCAAGAUGACGAAAACAUAGCCACUAAGGACUACAAUGAGAUCAAUCUGCAAGAGACAUUCGAAAAUCUGAAAAAUGCAAACUCUAUGGAAUCUUUGACUUAUCAACGAUUGGGUGUGGUUGACUGUUUUGCAAUGAAUCGGUUUCUGAGACUUUUAUUUUUGCCCUUACUUCUUGAUUCAAGAAUUGAAUCCUCUCCGGAAUUGAUGCGCCAGUUCGAUCCUCACAGUUCCGGAGAUCGGGACUUCCAUUCCAAAAGACUAGCUGCGAGCGAAACUCACUAUUCUCCUAUUUCCAGCUGGUAUAAUGAGGAGAGUCUCUUUCAAGAUGUUCCAGCAGACGAGACGAGAAGCAGAGCUCCAUCUUCAAGCAAUGGCCAUAGUUUUUCAGGCUCCAUUGUGGACUGCGGAUCAACAAUAAACAAAGUUAAGAAAACAAGUUGCGCCAUCAUACGAAAACUCAAAAAGCACCCGAUCGGCGAGUUGCUGAUGAGGCACAAACUCAAUCCUGCAUUUAAAUCCAUCUACGAAACGGUUGGAGAGGAGCCCGCCGUGAAGAAAAGAAGAGGCGACGGAAACAGAACAAGCAUAAACAAGCGCCAUUCUGCUGUCUACGAGAGCACCAUAAACGUUUCUCCCAGUCGAAGAGAGCUUUUGAAAGACCUUCAAGCGAUCUCUUUACAGCAAGAAAAUAUCGUAUCCAGACCAACUUCGGAAGAAAGACCAGCAAGAGCUUCAAUUUUAGACAUCUUAAACAAGAUAACAAUUCAUGACGAUGGUUUUGAACUGUAA